UUCUUUGCAAAAAACACCCCUCCAAAAGGUCUUUAUGUCUAUGGAGAUGUUGGCACAGGAAAGACAAUGGUGAUGGACAUGUUCUAUUCUCACUUAGAAGUAGAAAAGAAAAAGAGAGUCCAUUUUCAUGGCUUCAUGCUAGAUGUGCAUCAGAGAAUACAUCGCCUUAAGCAGAGCUUGCCAAAAAGAAAGGCAGGAUUUAUGGCCAAGUCAUAUGACCCAAUUGCACCAGUAGCAGAGGAAAUAAGUGAAGAGGCUGCUCUCUUAUGUUUUGAUGAAUUUCAGGUCACUGACAUUGCUGAUGCCAUGAUUCUGAAGCAGCUUUUUGAAAAUCUGUUCCAAAAUGGGGUUGUCGUUGUGGCAACAUCUAACAGGCCUCCAGAAGAUCUCUAUAAAAAUGGUCUUCAGAGGGCUAAUUUUGUACCAUUCAUUGCUGUGCUGAAGGCUAAGUCAGACUUGAAAUAUCUCAAUAGAAUAGAAAAUCUGUUGGAAACUGUAGAUGGUUCCACAGAACAGACUCCACUAACUAAGUACUGCAGCACAGUCCAGCUUGAUUCUGGAAUAGACUACAGGAAACGAGUGCUUCCUGCUGCUGGAAAACUUUACUACCUCACAAGUGAAGCUGAUGUGGAGGCUGUCAUGGAUAAGUUGUUUGAUGAGCUGGCUCAGAAACAAAAUGAUUUAACUAGACCAAGGAUUCUAAAAGUGCAAGGCAGAGAGCUGAGGCUGAAUAAAGCGUGUGGAACCAUUGCAGACUUCACGUUUGAAGAGCUGUGUGACAGACCUCUUGGAGCCAGUGACUAUUUGGAAAUAUCAAAGCACUUUGACACAGUCUUUGUUCGUGACAUACCGCUUCUUACAAUGGCAAAAAGGACACAAGCUCGCCGCUUCAUUACUCUUAUUGAUACCUUUUAUGAACAUAAGGUGCGUAUUAUUUGUUCUGCAGUGACUCCUCUCCAAAGCUUGUUCCUGGUAGAACAUGACAGUGCUGAGGUAGAGAACAACAGAGUCUUGAUGGAUGAUUUGGACUUGAGCCAGGAUUCCGCCAAAGGACUCUCCAUUUUCACAGGAGAAGAGGAAAUCUUUGCCUUUCAGCGUACCCUCUCAAGGCUUACAGAAAUGCAAACUGAACAGUACUGGAAAGAUGGGGACAGAAGCAAAAAUAUAUUAUGA